AUGGUGUUACUAAUUUCUUCACUUAUGCUCACAUACACAGUUCCAGUAUCUGAAAUAAUCCUCCCCACCCGAUUUGCGUUCAAAAGGGCCUACCUUUCCUUACUUCUACUCUCGAGCAUUUUCUCAAUAAUUUACCUGGCGCUUUCCAUAGUUUACAGAGGCCAUGUCAGAUAUGAUCUAGAAGCAAUCAGCCUAGCAAAUCAUCAUGCAAGGAAAUUCUGUAAAAGAUGCAACAACUACAAGCCGGAGAGAGCCCACCACUGCUCAUCCUGUGGACACUGUGUAAAAAAGAUGGACCACCACUGCUUCUGGAUAAACAAUUGCGUGAACUACGAUAAUCAAGGACACUUCAUAAGGUUCCUGUUUUUUACGUCCUUGGCCAACUUACUCAUAUUUACAUAUGUAUGUGGAGAAUUUGUAGCAAUUCUGCUCUUCGAUAGGCAUCUUCGGCAUAAAAGAGAUUACUACAUUCUAGUGCUAUCUGGGAUGUCGUCACUUGUGUUUCUAAUAAUGACACCUUUUUUCCUCUAUUUGCAGUUGAGACUCGCCUUGAUGAAUAUGACUUUUAUUGAAGAACUUAAGCAAGAAGAUAUCAGUAGGCACCAAGGAUCACCUUUUCUCAGGUCACCUUAUGACAGAGGGGUUAUAAACAACCUCAUAGACACAUUAGGCCCCCCCUAUACCCUUUUUCUGAUGGGGCCUUUUGGAGAUGGAAUCACUUUUGUCAAGACAUACUCUACGGAACACUGGCCAGUUCCAUAUGAUUAUCAUUGUAUUGAGGAUCUCAUGGUCAUUUAA